GCUAGAUUCAAAUGCACGGAGAGUCUGAAAUCCACUCUAGGCUGCCGUUUGAUGAUCGAAUCAUAUGACCUAUGCUUCCCUGUAAACGCACCUUUCCCAGUCCAUCCGGGAAGCUCUGGUCAUCGGAACCUGUCUCCCAGCACUUGUUAAACCAAGCUUCACUUCAUUUUGGCUAUGAAACAUCGCCAUCUGCUCUGCUAACGGGGGGCGUUAAAGACCCAGAGACCUUCUGACCAAGAAGGGUGGAUGGACAGGCAGUUUGUUCUGUUCUUUAGAAAAGGACGCAUCUGCUUCUAUUAUAGGGGAAACACCAACCAAAUCCAUUACUCAGUUAUAUAUUCUAAGACUGCAUAUUAUUUAUAUUUAACGGAAGCUAUAACCUUAACCCGCUCGUUUGUCUACUGCCAGGACACUGUGAUGGGACGUCAAGAUUGUGACCAUUAAUCUUUAUAAAUAAAAGCGGCUCCCGCCGAUGGGUGAAUCUGCCAUGAGUGGUCUCUCUCGGCCACCCUCUUUCGCCGAGACAAUCAUUUCUCUCGUUCAGAUCCGAAAUUCUCCGAGAUACGGAAACUUCAGUUCUACUUCACACAAGGAAAAGCACAUUCUUCCACUGUUACCAUCCUUUUCUCUUGGGAAGAGUUCAAAACACUUCACCGUCCACUUCUUUUUUCUGUUUUCACCUUUCCUCUGAGAACUGCGCAUUUCCCGAAAUUACCGGCGAGUCCUUGGACCACGUUAUAAGGGAGGGCAAAAGAUUCAUCGACUGUAGAGAAGAGAAUAUAUAAUAAUACUGCUCCAUCACCUCACCGGAUAUUCUUUAACAACACACUCCACUCUCAGGAAACGCGCCCUCCCCUCUCUUUUCUUGGAACAGGUGAGCCAACGAAACCAAAGGGAACGAAGUGGGUGAACCACUCUCCUCUUCUCCAUAUUUGCGUGCGUCAAGGACUCGAGGGUGAUCCUCCCGGAGUUGCCAUGUCGUGAGAAAGCUGCCCACCAAGCUCCUCUUCCCAUUACGUUUUGCCGAGAUGUCUUCGGCCGCUGUAGCGGUUCUCGCUCUCGCCCUCGCCCUCGUGAACUUGGGGGUAGGCCUGAAUUCCGACGGAUUGGCGCUGUUGUCGUUCAAGUACGCCGUCGUCAGCGACCCCUUAGGAGUGCUGGAGAGCUGGGAUUACAACGACUCUAGCCCCUGUGGGUGGACCGGGGUGGUUUGCGCGGCCGUACGCGGCGACUCUCAGCCGAGGGUGGUCGGCUUGGUCAUGCCUGGAAGCCAACUCCAGGGCUCCAUCUCCGACCAGCUCGGCUCCCUCCAGCACCUCCGCCACCUCGACCUCUCCCGCAACCUUCUCAACGGACCUCUACCCCCCUCGCUCUCUAAUGCCACCGAGCUCCGGAUGCUUUCUCUCUCCAGCAACGGGUUCUCCAGCGUCGUCCCCUCCAGCCUUGGCUCCCUCCCGCAGCUGCAGCACGUCAACCUCUCUGACAACGCCUUCCUCGGCGACAUUCCCGUCGAGCUCACAACCGCUCCCGCUCUCCGCUUCCUUUCGCUGAGCAGGAAUAACUUCUCGGGUGAGGUUCCCGCGGGCUUCGGCACGAAUGCCCAGCCUCUGGAGGCGCUUGAUCUGUCCUUGAACCAGCUCAGCGGUUCGCUGCCGUCCGAGAUCGGGACCGUCCACUACCUCAACCUCUCGUCCAACCGGCUCUCCGGUCCUAUACCACCGGAGUUGGGCCGCAGCAUCCCGAUGAACGCAACGCUUGACCUUGCCUACAACAACUUCUCCGGCCCGGUGCCGCAAAUAGGGGCGUUCCCGAACCAGGAACCACAGUGCUUCUUCGGGAACCCGGGACUCUGCGGCAGCCCGCUUAAUAUCCUCUGCAGCGUCCCGACGAAUGCGCCUAAUCCGGCCAAUGUCUCCAACCAGGCGAACGCCGGGACGUCGCCUCCAGCCAUAGCUGCGAUACCGGAGACUCUACCACAGCAGCAGCAGCCGACGGGCGGCGGGAGCGGACAGGCAAAGGAGUCACCGCACCGGAGUGGAGGUGGCCUGUCGCCGAUGAAGAUUGCCGGAGCGAUGGUCGGAGGCCUCGCCCUGCUGAGCCUUGCCUCCAUGCUCUUCAUCUACGGGUACCAGGCAAGGAUGAAUGAGGUCCAAACGUCAAGGGCGCUGGCGAACAUGCCAGGCGACGAGAAGAAGAAGAACCCAAUGGAGAACCGGGGGAGGUGGUGCUGUGCGCGCGCCGGCGGCGCAUGGAGUGGCAACGAAGAUGACGAAAGCGCCUCGGAGAGCACGAGCUCCGUAUCGGAAUCGGAAGAGGAGCCGCGGGAGCAGAAACCGGGACACCUGGUGGCGGUGGACGGCGAGACGACGGAGCUGGAGAUGGAGCGGCUGCUGAAGGCGUCGGCUUACAUUCUGGGGUCCAGCGGGACGGGAAUCGUGUACAAGGCGGUGUUGGACGACGGCACGGCGCUGGCAGUCCGCCGUAUUGGAAGUAGCUCGCCGUAUCGGAUGAGCGAUUUCGAGAACAGGAUCAGAGUCAUCUCGAAGCUCAGGCACGCGAACCUGGCUCGCCUCAGGGCCUUCUACUGGAGCCCCGACGAGAAGCUCCUCAUCUACGACUACGCGCCCAACGGAAGCCUCGCCGCCUUCUUCCACUCCAGAAAACUGGGUUCGUCUCUGCAGUGGGACGUCCGGCUGCGGGUCGCCCGGGGCAUGGCCCGCGGCCUCGCCUACCUCCACGACAAGAAGUAUCCACACGGGAGCGUGAAGCCCAGCAACGUGCUGCUGGGCCCGAACAUGGACGCAUGGAUCGGCGACUUUGGGCUGGAUGGCCUGGUCCGGGCGGAGGCCAGCAUCGGCAGCGGCUCCAGCGCCUACUUCAACAGCAGCAGGCGGUCGACUCUCUCCCAAGAGAGCCUCCCGCAUGCCUGCCGCGCCGGUAGCCCACAUUCCGGCGCCUCUGCCAAUUACGCCUCCCACUACCAGGCGCCGGAGGCGCACCAGACCCUCAGGCCCACCCGCAAGUGGGACGUCUACUCCUUCGGCGUCCUCUUCCUGGAGCUCAUCACGGGCCGACCCGUAACCGAGGCUGAUGUCAGGCUCUGGGAGCACGGCGCGCGAGCCGAAGAUCGGAACCGGGCCUUGAAAAUGGUGGACCCAGGGAUCCGAUCCGAGCUGGAGGUGAAGGAGGAAGUGCUGUUAGUCUGCCUUAGGCUGGGGUUCGCCUGCGCUUCGCCGGCGCCACAGAGGCGGCCGGCCAUGAAGGAAGUCGUGCAGGUGCUGGAGAGGAUCCCCGCUUCCUCUUCUUUCCUCCCCUCCUCUUCUUACUACUGAUUCUUUCUUUGCCGUUGGAUCCAAACCAUGGAUCAAAGGGGUCGAGGAGGUGGGAAAAGCAUCCACUUUCUUUUCUCAUUGUCCUUCGUGCCCGUUGUUGACUUACUGAUGACCAGUGUGCAUUUUGGGCCUCCAAAUGGAACUCUCUCAGUUCUUGGCGGUGGUCAUGAGAAGGAAAGAGACUGAGGAUGGGAUUGUAAAUUGUGAUGGUGUCUAGUAAAUUGAUAUUGGUCUGUCAUGUGAUCAAGUUGGCUGGCCUUCUAUGUUCUUGUUUGUACAAAUUUCCGUUUGUCUUGUUCGUUUCUACUGCUCCAUGUAUGGGCUUGGUGCAUAAGGGUAUUAGACGUCGGGAUCUCUUGUUCUCUUUGCUGGCUUUGUAAAAUGUGUUUUAUGAAUCUAAUCUACUUGAUGCUGCUUGAGAUUCGGAACUG